AUGUUGAAGCUCGCAGCAGCGUUUGCGCUUUUGCUGAGCGGAGCAUCCGCUAUACCAGCUCCUGACAAUGGAAACGCCAAUCUCUUAAAACGUGCUACAACCUUCUGGUACGCCAACAUGGAUCAUACAGGUCAAUAUCGCGGAUAUGCACCGGAUCUUGACCCAGACUUUUCAUACCCAGUAUUCCAAGCUGUAAAUCCAGGAGAUGGGGCCUCCAUUCAAACAGCUAUCAAUUCUGGAGAUGGCACCAAUCCCACUCGUCAUGGAGAAUGGCUAGCAUCUCAGCCAAGAGUCGUGUAUAUUCCUCCUGGAACGUACACAAUCAGCAAGACCAUCUAUAUGAAUACCGACACCAUUCUUAUGGGUGAUGCCACGAAUCCUCCUAUUAUCAAAGCCGCUGCAGGUUUCACUGGUGACCAGACUCUCAUAUCUGGGCAGGAUCCAACAACUGGUGUUUCAGGAGAGCUUUCUUUCGCCGUCGGAUUGAAAAAUCUGAUUCUUGACACAACCGCAAUUCCUGGAGAAGGAAAUACGUUCACGGCGCUCUGGUGGGGUGUUGCCCAAGCUGCUCAACUGCAAAAUGUCAAGAUCACUAUGUCAGCCUCUGUCAAUGGCAAUGGCCAUACAGGUAUUCACCUCGGGAGAGGUUCUACUCUUGGCCUCGCUGAUGUGCGCGUUGAGCGUGGACAGAAUGGUAUCUGGCAUGACGGGCAUCAGCAAGCGCUGUAUAAAAGCAUCUACUUUUACCAAAACACCAUUGGUAUGCUCAUUUCUGGAGGCAACACUAUCUCGAUUAUUGCUCCUACGUUUGACACCUGUGGAACCGGGGUCCGAAAUACUGGAGGCUCCCCUUGGAUUGCUUUAAUUGAUGCCACCUCCAUAAAUUCUGGUGUUACUUUUGUUACGACUGUUUUCCCGUCUUUCCUCAUUGAGAAUCUCAGCAAAGAUACCCAGUCAGACAUCGCCCAAGUCAAUGGUGCCACGGUACUCGGUGCCGCAAGCCACGUAGAUACCUUCACCUAUGCGAAUACAGUUGGUCGCAAUCCGACUUACGGCGCCACGACCUCUACAAACGCCCGUCCCGCUGCUCUUGCCCCAGGUGGCAAAUAUCCCGUGCUGCCCGCACCCAACUACGCAACCAACCCCGUCACGGACUUCAUCAAUGUCAAGGAUCCGUCCCAGAAUGGUGGCCACACAGUGCUAGGUGACCACUCUAUCGACGAAUCCGGAGUUUUGAACCAGGUCCUACAGUAUGCUGCUACCAACAACAAGAUCGCCUACUUCCCAUUUGGCAAGUACCGAGUUGACUCAACUCUGCUCAUCCCGAAAGGGUCUCGCAUUGUGGGAGAAGCCUGGGCCACUAUCACCGGGAAUGGCGCCUUUUUCAAAGACGCUUCGAACCCAAAACCAGUUGUGGCAGUUGGAAAUGGAGGCGAUGUUGGCACCGCUCAGAUCCAGGAUAUGCGUUUCACGGUCUCCGAUGUCCUCCCAGGCGCCAUCAUUAUCCAGUUCAAUAUGGCAGGUACUUCUCCGGGUCAAGUCGCACUCUGGAACUCUCUGGUUACCGUUGGCGGUACCCUUGGGGCCAGCGCGCUCACAAACUCCUGUGGUGAUGCGAGCAACGAGUGCAAAGCCGCCUUCCUUGGUAUCCACCUUGCACCCACCUCUUCCGCAUAUAUCGAGAAUGUGUGGAACUGGGUUGCGGACCACAUCACCGAGAGCUUUUCUGGGGGGUCCAACAUAGCUGCCAAAGGCGGCGUGCUCGUUGAGGCGACAAAGGGAACUUGGCUCCAUGCAUUGGGCAGUGAACAUUGGUGGUUGUAUCAGCUCAACUUGCGGAAGGCAAGCAACGUGAUGGUGUCUCUCCUGCAGAGCGAGACAAACUAUGAUCAAGGCGACCACACACAACAGAUUCCACCAGCCCCUUGGGUAGCGGAUGUAACGAACUGGGGAGACCCAGAUUUCUCAUGGUGUGGUGGCGGCGAUACGCGCUGUCGAAUGGGGUUUGCGAAUUAUAUCCAAGGCGGUUCGAAUAUUUACACUUAUGCGUCUGCUUCGUGGGCAUUCUUCAGUGGGCCAGGAUACCAGGCAUGCGCUGGUCAAUAUCAGUGUCAAGACUAUAUACAUUGGAUCACAUCAACCCCGACAAAUUUACAGGCUUUUGGGCUGUGCUCCAAGGACACGUAUGCAACGUUGCAUUUGGCGGACGGUACGAAUCUCGUGACUGCGAAUGGUUGGACGGGAUCUUGGCCAGGUUCUGGAGGUGACGUUGGACGGUAUACGGCGUAG